ACUUUUGAGGAAAAAAAAUCGUUUCGCGCGUCUUUUGACAGCUGCAAACUUUUGAGUGCGUUCCAAAUUUGACUGAGUGCUGCCGUGUUUAUUUCAUUAACUGGAUUUAUGUUAUAGAGGAUUUAUUAGCUGAAUUAGUGUAUAGUUAUUAGUGUGCUCGGACUGGUCGCUGAGACGCUAUAAAGUGAUGAAUCAGCGGGUGCCGGUUAAUUAACAACGUCACUGCUACGAAAACAAAUCUACCGUCUUCAACUGCUGUCUAGCUACCGAGUGUUUUGGUGACCCCGUCCGCGACGACCAGCAAGCUGUUUUACCCCUACCUGAAGACGUCUUCCCUGCACAGGGAUUUCCUGUUUGCCAGUGGCUCCGACGAGUCGGGAUGCGAGGCUGAUAUGCUGGAAAGUGCGGAGGGGGGUCGGCACUCGCCGCCCCGGCCGCAGCAAGAGCCCAUCAACCUCAAGAAUGAGCAGGCGGAGUCGGAUCGGGAGAGCGGAGCGAGCUCUCCGGAGGGCGGCGCGGGCGCACGCACUCAGCUAGCCGAGCCCCUCUCGCCCUCCCCUCGUCGCAGCCCGCAACAGCCCCAUCUGAAUGGCUCCAUGGCGUCAAUGUUCCAAAACCUGCAAAACCUGGCGAGCAUACAGCAGAACAUGCCGAUGUCACAACAACUGCAGCAGCAGAUGUCCCAGCAAAUGUCGCAGCUGGCGGCCAAUCUGCAAGGCCUGGCCUCUAUGCCUUCCAACCCUGUUAUCAAUUCGCCGCUCAAUCUAAGUGUCAGCGCGCCAGGCAUGGGAUCUCCAACUCCAGUGGGCAACAACAACAUGCUCCCGCCGGCGAUGCCAUCGCCGAUGCCGCAGCUAAUCCUCGCCUCAGGGCAGCUGGUGCAGGGCAUCCAAGGAGCACAGCUGCUUAUUCCUACUUCACAGGGAGUCGCAACGCAAACAAUUCUAACAAUACCAGUCAACCACGUCAAUUCGAACGACCAGAUGGUGAACCUAGCGUUAAACAACGGCCAAGUUGUUUCAACAUCACUCGCCAACCUACAAGCGAUGGCACAACCCCACCAACUCCUCAAUUCAAAUCCCCAACAACCACCAAACAUACGGCCGAACAUGCUAAACCCAUCUUUAUCGAAUGCCUUGUUAAACCCCGGACUGCAAAGCUUUCUUAACAACGGAGCGGCAAAUGCUCAAGAGCUGCUUCAGGCCCUUCAACAGCCACAAUCAAAUCACAACCUUCUUCAAACGGUGCAGCAGAACAAUAUGCCUCAGCAGAUGCAGGGCAGACGGUCGUCGUCUCCGAGGCCUGAACGGCAUUAUAAAACAGAAAACUUUGAAAGGUUCGCCGUCUCUAGAGAAAGGAACGAGAGGGAGAAUUCUGGAGCGUCAGCGAUGAACAGUAUUAACAGACUGGCAGCAUCGAAUGGCGAGAUCACUAUCACGACGUCGCACAACGCGGGACCAGCCAGCAGCACGGGCAGCGCCAGCUCUGGGCCUACUGCCUCUCCCCACGCGCCCGUCAAAAUGUCACCAGGGUCGGUGAAGUCUCCGCCUCAGGAAGACCAGGAUAUGCUUGCUGAUUCGCCAAAUCAACCAACAAUUAGCCAGUCAUCCAGCAACGUGGUCGACGGAAUAAAUCUAGAGGACAUCAAAGAGUUUGCAAAGGCAUUCAAACUUCGGCGACUUGGUCUAGGGCUCACUCAGACUCAGGUUGGACAGGCAUUGUCUGUCACGGAAGGACCCGCAUACAGCCAGAGCGCGAUCUGCAGUGCCCUGGCUUCGCAGAUGUUAGCCGCUCAGCUGUCGUCACAACAACAAAACAUAUUUGAGAAAUUGGAUAUAACACCAAAAAGUGCGCAGAAAAUCAAACCGGUGCUCGAACGUUGGAUGAAGGAAGCCGAGGAGAGGUCCCGGCUUGACUUCGACGGACGAGACAAUCUGCACAAUAGGUACGCAUCUGGCCAGAACCAUCUGACUGACUUCAUUGGUAUGGAGCCGAGCAAGAAGCGCAAACGACGGACUUCGUUCACUCCACAGGCUUUGGAACUCCUCAACGCACACUUCGAACGGAACACUCAUCCUUCAGGCACGGAAAUCACUGGCCUCGCGCACCAGUUAGGCUAUGAACGCGAAGUUAUCCGAAUAUGGUUCUGUAACAAACGUCAAGCUCUCAAGAAUACCGUCAGGAUGAUGUCAAAAGGCAUGGUCUAAACACUAAUUCGAUGCCAUUAAAAUUAAACAGUGUUGGUCGAACAAUAAUAUCAGUAUCGAUGUUUCGGCUAUAAUCUGCACCCGUUAUCGUGAUAAUUUAAAAAAAUAACUUUAUUAUUUGCACCGAUAGUAUCUCAGUAUUAUGUGUAACGUAUUUAUUCUGAUCCUAAUACCUACUUCAUAUUUUUUUUAUCGCAACAACUAUCCAUGAAAUUUUGGAAUUGAAGUAAAACACUUUUGUUUAUAUCUCGAUGUAUAUUAAAAUUUUGACUGAAAUAAUUGUCUCGGCAUAGUUUACAAUUGGAAUAUUUCUAGUUUAAGGUAGGUGUUUAGUACAAAAUAAUCAAUGUCUCUGAGUAUCUCACAGUGUCGAAUCAAUCAAAUCAAUCAGUGUUGAAGUACGUAUUUAGAGCUAAAAAUACCUAACGGAGCUCAUUACGAGCAACAAUUCUUUUUUAAGUGUUAUCAAGAAAUGAAUGGAGAUUCAUAAAUGGAUAGUGU